CCGUCUCCCAACCUCUCCAAAACCCUGAACAAAAAAGGCCAUGGAGGAAGAGCACCACCACGACCACCACGACGCCGAGGCCGAGCCGUUCAAAGAUGGCGCAGACAUCUGCCAACAGCUCAUGGACCGCUACUCCAAGUCCUCGGCGCCGCAGCACCACCACCUCCUCGCCACCGCCGCCGCAAUGCGAUCCAUCCUCGCCGCCGAGUCCCUCCCCCUCACCCCGCCCUCCUACUUCGCCGCCACCAUCUCCGCCAUCGACGACAUGUCGUCCCAGACCACGGACCCUACCGCCGUAGCUGCGCUGCUGUCGUUUCUGUCCCUGGUGCUCCCGCUGGUGCCGCCUCGGAGCAUCUCGUCGGCCAAGGCGGGUCAGGCGCUGUCGAUGCUAGUGGAGCUUCUGGAAAGAGAGGAGGGCCGGCUGACGAUGACCGGCGUUAAGGCGGUGGUCAAGUGCUUGGGGGCUUUGGUUGGCUUUUGUGAUUUGGAGGAUUGGGAAUCCAUCAAAUUGGGGCUGGAGACAUUGCUCAAGUUCUCCGUUGAUAAAAGACCUAAGGUCCGCAAAUGUUCGCAAGACUGUCUUGAGAAUGUGUUUAAGUCACUCCAGUCCCGCAGUGUUAUCAAGGAGGCAAGCAAGUUGAUACUUUCUAUGCUGAAAGGUUAUAUGCCUUUGGCAGUUAAGUUAAGUGCUUCGCGGACUUCAGAUGGACCUAAAAAUCUAGAUGUCCUACACAUGCUAAAUGUAGUGAAGCUUACUGUUCCCUUUCUCUCAGCAAAAGUCAGCUCAAAACUUCUUUCAGAAUUGAAUAAACUUCUGGGUCCACGGUUCUCAGAACUCACAAGGCAUGUUUUCCAAAUUAUUGAAGUACUUUUUGAGAUUUCAAGAGCUGAUGCCAUUGUCUCAAAGACCGAGGAGACUAUAGCUUCUCUCAUCUCAUAUGUGUCUUUAGCAAAUAAGAACCCCUCAGAUACUGUCAUGUCUGCAGCAACCUUGUUAAAAUAUUCUAUAGGCAUACUACAUACUGGUGAAUCGACAUCAUGGAUCACGAAUCUUCCUCUAAUUUGUGGCCCUGUGGCAGGUCUUUUGACUUCUGAGGGUAGGACUGCAGCCCAUUCUUCAGCUAUUUUGAAAGAGUUGAUUAGCCAACAUGUAGAUCUAAGUAGUUUGUUGGUUAAUGAAAACCAGCCUUUUGAAGAUGAAGGAGAAGAUAUUAUAAAAUCAAAUGCAUUGAGAUCAAUAUGUGCUAUCUUUGAGGAGGGUCUUAACUCUUGUAAAGGACUGCCCAACGAGCAUCUUUUGGAUGUUAUAUCUGCUUUGUUCCUCAAGCUCGGAAAAAUGUCCCAUAUCUAUAUGAAAAGUAUUAUUCUCAAACUUGCUGAGUUAAUGACCGUUGCUAGCGGGGACAAAUCUAAAGUUGACCAUCUUCAGAAAUGUAUUGGAACUGCAGUAAUUGCUAUGGGACCUGAGAGGCUACUAGAACUUGUACCUGUAUCACUUAAUGCUGGUGACUUCACCUGCGUAAACAUUUGGUUGGUGCCUAUUUUGAAAAAUUAUGUUGUUGGAGCAUCGUUGGCAUACUAUAUGGACCAUAUUAUGCCUCUUGCGAAAUCCUUUCAUCUGGCCAGCAGUAAAGUUAAGAAGUCUAAAACCCGUGAAGCUCUACAGGGUCAUGCUCGUGAUUUGUGGGGACUGCUACUUUCUUUUUGUCGCCAUCCAACUGAUAUGUACCAAAAUUUUGUCCCUCUGGCUGAGGUUAUAGUAACAUUUCUGAAGGAGGAUUCUUUAAUGCAUGAAACUGUUGCAUGUUCCUUGCAGGCUCUUGUAAAUCAGAACAAAAGUCUGGUUAACCAAAAAAUUAGUGCUGCUGAUGCAACAACCAAACCUGUACCAGAGUUGGGAAAUAUACCCACUUAUUCAAAGAAAACUGCGACAAAAAACAUAAAGGCUGUGGCACAGUGUUCUGCUGAUUUGCUUCAGGCCCUCGUAGACUCUUUUGUUGGUUCAGCACCUGAGAAGCGUUCAUAUUUAAAGGAUGCUAUAAGAUGCUUGGCUUCGGUAGCUGAUUCUUCUAUUGCCAAGAAGAUUUUCAUAUCAGUACUUAAGAAGUUUCACCUCAUGAAUGGUAGGAAUGAAUUUGUAAAGGUGGAGAGUCAUACUAAUUCAUUGGGCGAUGAAGAAGAGCACAAUCGAAGUACUAGAGAGAAAAAUGCACAGCGCAGAUGUGUGAUAAUGGAACUAGCUUCUUCUCUAGUUGAAGGAGCCCAGGAAGAUCUUAUUGAUCUAAUCUAUACCUUUAUCAAACACACUUUUGAGACCAGUGAGGAGGUUGCAAAUCGUGAAGCGUACUAUGCUUUGAGCAGAAUUCUAGAGGAACAUGCUUGGUUCUGUUCUUCCCGCUCUACCGAAUUGAUUGAUCUGUUACUUGGUUUGAAAUGUCCGGGUGAUAUCGUAUCUCUAAGGAGUCGAUUUGCUUGUUUCCAGACUUUAAUGAUUCAUACUUUGAAGAUAGACUCAGAGGUGGAAAAUGCAAAGGCUUUUCUUAUUCUCAAUGAGAUAAUAGUCACGUUAAAGGAUUCCCACGAAGAGAAAGCUAGGAAAACAGCCUAUGAUAUACUCCUCAACAUAAGAUCUAGCUUGAGAGACUCAUCAUGUCUCAUUUCAGACGGACCUUACCAGAAAUUAAUUAACAUGAUAAUGGGAUACCUUUCCAGUGCAUCACCUCAUAUAAAGAGCGGAGCAGUGUCUGUGCUAUCGGUGCUGGUGUAUAAAGAUACUGAUAUUUGCCUUUCAAUACCUGAGCUUGUUCCUUCUCUUUUAUCUUUGCUGCAAGGCAAAGCUCUCGAAGUCAUCAAAGCUGUAUUGGGCUUUGUGAAAGUACUAGUAUCUUGCUUAGAAACUAGGCGUCUGCAAAAUCUUCUACCAGCUAUUGUCACUGCAGUUCUUCCCUGGUCCCCUGUCUCGAGACAUCAUUUCAGAGAAAAGGUCACAGUCAUAAUGGAGAUUAUGUUCAGGAAGUGUGGUUAUGCUGGAGUUGAGUUAGUUACACCAGAUAAAUACAAGGGUUUUGUUAAGGGUAUUCUGGAGAACCGCCGUGAUAACAAGAAAAGUUCCAAGGAAGUUGCCACCGCAGAAACAGAUAUGAAGCAGGAAGAUUCUUCAACCAACAGGAUGGAGAAUAGAAAACGCAAGGAAUUGGGUCCUUUACCUGAGAAAAAUGGAUCAAUGGAACAUAGAAAAAGAAAAAGGGUGAAGGAACACAUAAAUGGAAGCCCUAGUACUGAUGGUAUAUCUUCUGGGGGUGGAGAUGGACUGAAACAUGCCAUGAGAAGUAGGCAAUCUGAUGGUACUAAAUCCUUUAAAGACCACUCAGAAAUAAGUGGAAAGACAAACAAAGAGAAUUACAGUAAGCGACCCACAGGUGGUCGCAAAGGAAAGAUAGGGAAGAUGAAUACAGGCAAGGAUGUGACUGUGGUAAGGAGACCUGGCACUUCAGCCAAACUGUUCAAACACAAGAAAGUUGGGAAGAAAUAGUAUAGAAGUAAGUGUUCCAUCGGCGUGAGAUGACAAAUGCAUAUGGCAAAGGUGAUAAGAACUGCACACCCCUGCAUUUUGCUCAUUAGCUAGAGGAAUCUCGCAACUGGCUUUUCACAUUUUUUGCAUUUUUGAGGAGAACAGAAGAAGCGGAUGACUUGGAACUGCACUUGUUGUUGCUAGGAAUGGCUCAGAGGCUUGCACACUAAUUCUGUUUGUUUUUUGCUACGUGUAUGUUGAAAAUUCAUAGCAACUCAAUUGUUUUUCUGCUACUUGUAUGAUUUUCUUUUAUCUUUUUGUAAAAAAACACUUGGUUUUUUUUUUUAAUUUUUUUUUUAAGAAGGCAUAGCCAAUAUAUUGAUCAAAAGCC